AGCAGAAUACCAUCAACUAUCGCACGAUAGUGUCGUUGUUUCCGUAUUCCAUUCGGAUUUCGCUUUCAGGCUGUUGUUGCCGUGUGCAGGUGAAGGAAUUGUCCGCAAUAGCGUCUGACCCAACACGAAGCUGAUCACCAAAGUACUCCAUUAAUAACAAUAAUCUUUUGGCCGCCUUUUUUCACCGUCAGUGCCUUCUUCAUUUCUGUCUUAUCUCACUUACCAAAAUAUUCCGCCACUUUAACCCAAACGUACUGUUUUCUUUUUUGUGUGGGUGCCCAACAAAGGUGUAACGCUUCUUCCAUUGCUGUUGUUUUGUUCCCCUUCCUCUAUUCAUUACCUCAAAAAAAAAAACCCAUUUUAAGCCACCAUGUCAGCUGCGCAGCACUCGCUGAACCUUGACAAGUCGCUCUACUCCCACUACUAUCACUGCGUGCUCUCUGACAUUCCAUUUCACACGGCAGUGGCCGAGAUUGCGCCGCAUGUCGUCCCCAAGCCAGAGUCAGAUGUGGUGAGGAAAUUGACGGCGGCUGGGUGCCGUAUCGUACCACACCAGCUGCACGUGUACAAGGAACCCCUUGACGCGAAGUUCGGCUACGUCUCCUUCUUCAUUCACCAGCUGCCCAAGUCCACCGCCUCCGCGGCGGAGAUCCAUCAGCUGAUGCUGGAGUGGAUUGACAUCGAUUUGGCUACGCAGCUGCAGUCGGUGAAGUGCAAGGUGCAACUCGCACAGCCACCGGAGUGUCACUCCUCAGAGCCGUUUUUGAAUGCCCUCCAAGAGAAGUGCCCGCUGCUCGAUCCCGGCACGAAUACGGACACGAAGCGGCUGGAGACAUUUCUCCUGACCCGGGUGCGCUUCGGUGACCUGUGCGAGAACGCAUCGAUUAACGAUGUCUGCGAGGCACAGCGGAAAAGUACCGCCAGUCCUUCAACGACAGAGGAAGACGAGCAGAGGAAAGCGCAAGAGGAGAGGGAGGAGAAGGAUGCCGAAGAAAACGGUGGUUACCUCCCGCCCCGUCACUCCGUCAGGGAGCACGUGUGGAAGUGCGUAGGGACCUUCUCUCCGAGCUCCCUCUCGCCGAAGGAGCUCGUGUGGCUCAAGAAGCAGCUGCCGUCCUUCCCCCCGCUGCUCAUCACGGACAACAACAUGGCGUCUGCUCACUGCGAUGAUGCGAAGCUGAAGCAGUUCUUCACGGCCAAUCUCGCUCCUCUUAUCGCUGUAGAGAAGGAGGCGUAA